AUAUAGCAAUUUGCAUUGUUGAAUAUGAUAUAUUUCUAAAACUAGAUUGCAAAAUCCCAAUCAUACCAUGGGCGAUCACAAUGUGCAUUCCGAAUUCGAGCCUUGGGGCGAGCUUAGCGGAAAGGUUGUGUUGGUGACCGGAGCAUCAUCCGGGAUUGGCCGAGAGUUUUGUAUUGAUCUGGCAAAAGCUGGCUGUCGGAUCAUUGCAGCUGCACGACGGGUGGAUCGUCUGAAGUCCCUAUGUGAUGAGAUCAACAGACUCCAACGGACGAGCAGUAGUAGUAACGGUGAAGUCACUGAUGGCGUUCGAGCUGUGGCUGUGGAGCUUGAUGUCAGUGCUAAGGGUCCGGCCAUUGAGGCCUCGGUUAAAAGGGCGUGGGAUGCAUUUGGGCGCAUUGAUGUUUUGAUUAAUAACGCGGGGAUGAGAGGGAACGUGCGGUCUCCAUUGAAGUUGUCUGAAGAAGAAUGGGACACUAUGAUGAGAACAAAUUUGACAGGAACAUGGUUGGUGUCGAAGUAUGUAUGCACAUACAUGUGUGAAGCGAGUCAAGGAGGAUCCGUCAUCAAUAUCUCAUCAAUUUCAGGUCUUAACCGCGGAGAACUUCCUGGGGGUCUUGCUUAUGCCUGUUCAAAAGUAGGCGUUGUCGCAAUGACUAAGGUGAUGGCAAUGGAAAUGGCAAUGUUUAAUAUCAGGGUGAACUGCAUUUGUCCUGGGGUUUUUAGGUCUGAGAUCACAGAAGGCCUGUUACAAAGGGACUGGGUUAGUAAAGUGGUUGAGAAAGUAGUUCCUUUAAGGACAUUCGGCACAACGGAUCCUGCGCUAACCCGACUAGUCAGAUAUCUGAUUCAUGACUCGUCCAAGUACUUAAGUGGUAGUGUGUUCAUUGCCGAUGCGGGUACCACCUUACCCGGUGUCCCAAUUUUCUCUUCGCUUUAAUUAGAGUUUGGUCCUGUUUGUACUCGAUGUACACCUUCAUUUGAACCAUCAUUUGGUACGCAAAUGCUUUAAUUUCUCAUUUUGUUGAACAAUCAUGUGUCAUUUGUUGAACCAUCAUAAGGUAAUUGCAUUUGAGGUUUUUAUGAA